AUGGAGCACAGCUCCAAACGCAGCUUCGUCGUCCCCUCCUCGGCAUACAGCUACCGUGCCCCCAGCCCGCCCGUCAUCGGCGUGCCAGUCAAGAACCGCGACGACUCCCAGAUUGUCCUCGAGCCCUUGCACGGCCGCGUCGACCCGCACCUCAUCUCCAAGGAGACCCUCGCUAUCAUUACUGGCAACAGGAAGCAGGUCUCCGUCGACAACACUUGGCGGUGGAAGUACGAGCAUCGCAGGGAGGCCCAGCGCAUCCUCGACUACCUUUACCUCGGCCCUACCAGCGUCAUCCGCGACCAUGACUAUCUGCGCCGCGAGGCCAUCACCAUGAUUGUUGUCAUUCGCGACGCUCGCGCCCCAAUGGCGCUCGGCAGCUUGGCCAGGGCAGCAACAACACUUGGUAUUUCUGCUUGCUACCUCGAUGUCGACCCCGUCCAUAUACUGGCCUCCUUUUACAAAAUCCUCUCUGUCAUUAACGACCAUCUGCUUUCCAAUCACUAUUCUAGUAGAAUGAAGGUGGCAGACGGCCCUCGCGGACUGGGCAAGGUUCUGGUCGUCUGUGAUUCAGGCACUGAGCGCGGCCCCCCUCUCGUGGUGGCAUAUAUCAUGGCCGUUUUCGGAGAGGACGUCAUGACGGCGCUUCAGUUUGUCAACGUCCAGCGUUUCUGCUGCACUUUUUCCGAGGAGGCCAAGCGCGCAUUGUUGACGUGGGAUGGCUUGCUCAAGGCCGGCGCCUUCCGCUCCAUCGACGACAUGAUGGAGGAUGACGAUGAUGUGAACAUGCAAUGGAAUGCCUCUACCGAUGGCGAGCGCUUCGAAGGUCGCGAGACCUUUGUGCCGUUUCAGGAAGUCAAUUAUUGA